AUGACCAACAAAAGAGGACAAGGGCAGGCUGUCAGGCAUGCUGCCUCGUGGCCUGACAUCCUGGGAUUGGGCAUUGCCAGAACACUUGUUCUCCAGCAGUUUGCAGAGGUAUUCAGAAGUGAUUCUGCCCAUGGUCUGAGGUAUAAAAGUUUAGUCACUGGAACACGAGCAAGAGGGGUCAUUGCUGCCCUCUGGGUCCUUGCCUUCGGCAUCGGACUGACUCCAUUCCUGGGGUGGAACAGUAAAGACAGUGCCACCAACUGCACGGAGCCCUGGGAUGGAACCAUGAAUGAGAGCUGCUGCCGUGUGAAGUGUCUUUUUGAGAAUGUGGUCCCCAUGAGUUACAUGGUGUAUUUCAAUUUCUUUGGGUGUGUCCUGCCACCACUGCUCAUAAUGCUGGUGAUCUACGUCAAGAUCUUCACAGUGGCCUGCAGGCAGCUUCAGCGCACCGAGCUGAUGGACCACUCCAGGACCACCCUCCAAAGGGAGAUCCAUGCGGCCAAGUCGCUGGCCAUGAUUGUGGGGAUUUUCGCUCUGUGCUGGCUGCCAGUACAUGCCAUCAAUUGUGUCACUCUUUUUCAGCCAGCUCGGGCUAAGGAUAAGCCCAAGUGGGCAAUGAAUAUGGCCAUUCUCUUGUCACAUGCCAAUUCAGUUGUCAAUCCCAUUGUCUAUGCCUACCGGAACCAAGACUUCCGCUAUACUUUUCACAAAAUCAUCUCCAGGUAUGUUCUCUGUCAGACAGAUGUCAAGAGUGGGAAUGGGCAGGCCAGGGCACAGCCUGCUCUCAGUGUGGGCCUAUGACCGAGGCCCUGGCCUCUUCAAGAAGGCACAGAUUCACAAUAAACAAAGGGACAGGACAUGACGGGCUGCUUCUCAUUGGCACCUCACAGGCGUAUAGGCUGCCUCUUCCGAGCACGUCCCUGGAGUUACCACAUAUCUAGCUAAUAUGUAUGUGUCAUUAGUAGGCACCAAUGGUUGACAGUUAUACUUAUGGUUCUUUUUUGCUGUUCUUACUGUGUGGAUGAUGCUGAAGCCUUGAAGGAUUCUAAAAGAUUAUUUUAAGAGUCUGCCUCAUUCAUCAUAGAAAAUGACCGAAAAUAUUUUAUUGUGAAACAAACACUGUGAACUACUAUAAUGCACAUUUUUUUUAACUUAGAGGUAAUGGAAAAAUAAAAGUUUGCUGUACUAAAAAUGUAUACUUGUACCUAGGAAGGUGACCAGGAAAAUUAAAAGUAUAAUUCUUCAA